CGUACAUGACCCGCGGUCUGGUCACGGCCGGCGAGCCGCCGCCCCGACUCGGGCCCGCGCUCGCGCCGCUCGGUGACCUGCCCGUCACCACCCAGGAGGCCACCGUGAUCGAGGACGUGCUGUUCUGCCUGUCGGCCAUCGACGGCGAGUACGUCACCGUGUCGCACGGAGACUGCCGCAUCGACGACACGAUAGACCCGGCGCUUCAGGAGACCGUGCGCCAGAUCAGCCCGCUGUUCGGCCACUUCGCCAGCGUGAUGGCGUUCGUCGAGGAGACGACGUUCGCGCCCGGCCAGGUGGUGCAGGCGCUGGGCGCCGCCGUGCGCAGCCACAUCAAGAACUACCUGGUGCUGAUCGCCCAGCUGGAGACGCAGCAGCGGGCGGGUGAGCUCACAGCGCAGCGGCUCUGGUUCUACCUGCAGCCCAGCCUGCGCACCAUGGAGAUACUAGCUGACGUCACCGACACUGUGUACCAGCACGGUCUGCAGAGCGGCCAGAUCCUGAGUCUGCUGCACGAGCGCUGCCUGACGGGCGACGAGCGCACGCAGCAGCUGUGUCUGCACCUCGUUCAGGCGGCCGCCGUGCCCUACAUGAAGAUCUUGGAGAACUGGAUCUACAAGGGCACCAUCUCCGACCCGCACCGCGAGUUUCUGGUGGAGGACAACGAGGUGUCGGGCGGCGAGCAGCUGAACGUCGACUACAGCGACGACUACUGGGAGAAGCGGUACACGAUCGCGCCGCAGAAGAUCCCCACCUUCCUGGCCAAGGUGGCCGACCGGCUGCUGCGCACCGGCAAAUACCUGAACGUCAUCCGGCAGUGCGACGAGAGCUUGCGCUGUCCAGUGGCGCCCAGUCUGGUGUACUCGCCGCGCGAGAAGCACUAUGUGAACGCCAUCGACUGCGCCUACGCGUACUCGAGCAAGACGCUGCUGCGCCUGCUCAUGGAGGACAAGGACCUGAUGGGCCGCCUGAGGUCCGUGAAGCACUACUACCUGAUGGACCAGGGCGACUUUGUGGUGCAGUUCAUGGACCUGUGUGAGCCGGAGCUGCAGAAGAACAUCAACGACAUUGUCCCCACGCGGCUGGAGAACCUGCUGGACCUGGCGCUGCGCACCUCGGCAGCCAACUCGGACCCGUACAAGGACGACCUGCGGCCCGAGCUGCUCGGCUACGACCUCAUGACGCAGAUGAUGAAGAUCCUCUCCAUCGAGACGUACGAGGAGAAAGAGCACUGGGCGCCGGCUGAGCGGCUGACCAUCAGCGGCCUGGAGGCGUUCACCUUCGGCAGCGCCGUCACCUGGCCCGUCUCGCUGGUGCUCAACCGCAAGGCGCUCGCCUGCUACCAGAUGAUCUUCCGCCACCUCUUCUACUGCAAGCACGUCGAGCGCCAGCUGUGCCAGCUCUGGCUCUCCAACAAGGUGGUGAAGCAGUUCGGGGCGGGCGGCGACCGCGGCUACGCGCCGGCCUUCGCCCUGCGCCAGCGCAUGCUCACCUCGGUGCAGAACCUGCUCUAUUACAUGACCAGCGAGGUGCUGGAGCCCGGCUGGCAGGUGUUCAUCGCCAAGAUGCAGCAGGUGACCAACGUGGACGAGGUGCUGAUGCUGCACACGGAUCUGCUGAACGGCUGCAUGCGCGACUGCAUGCUGACGCGGCCGGAGCUGCUGCGCACCGUCUCCCGGCUGCUGGCCGUCUGCGUCGCCUUCGUCCGCUUCCUGCAGCGCGCCCGCCGGCACUAUGUGGACGCCGAGCUGAGCAGCAUGCUGGCCGGGCCGGCGGCGCGCGCCCCGUCGGCCGAACGGCUCCCCGGCAGUGCGUCUCCCGAGCCGCGUGACGCCUCCGAGAGCGGCACCUUCGAGAGCCGCGUGGCCGAGAUGGACGCUCAGUUCACCGGCGUGCUGAUCACCCUGCUGGACAGCAUCUCCGACUUUGGCCGCGAGAACUACAACGCCAAGCUCAUCAGCAUCCUGUACAGGCUCGACUUCAACGGCUUCUACACGGAGCGGCUGGAGCAGAGGGCCGGCGCCCGCUCCGACGGCGCCAGCACCCCGUCCCAGUCCCAGUCCGGACUGCUGUGAUGUCGCCGAUCCGACGGCGAAAGCAGUCAGUCCCAGUCCGGACCGCUGUGAUGUCACUGGGCUGCCGGCGCCAGCACCUCGUCCCAGUCCGGACUGCUGUGACGUAGCUGAUCCGACGGCGGAGGCAACCCGUUCCAGUCACGGUCGGACUGCUGUGACGUCAUUGAGCCGACGGGGACAGCAGUCCGUCCCAGCCUCAGUCUGGACUGUUGUAACGUCACUGAUUUGGAGGGCCAGCGCCCGCUGACGGCGGCGGGUCCGUCAGUCGCGGUCCGCACCGAUGGAAUGCCAUCGAUCCCAGCACAGCGUGCCGUAAGUGACCUCUGAAUGCGGCUAGUGCUCCCAGCAGCUCGCCAAGCUUCUGUGGCGUCAAUGAAGGCGCUGAGUGUCAAAUGCUGAACUGAUUCAGCUGCAGCGUCAAAGAAUGCGACGUGUGAUAGACGACUGUGGAUGAGGUGACGACGUCCUAGUGCUGAUCAGUGGUUGGUGGUGCUCGGAUGAAAAAUACCAUCGAGGAGAACGCAACGCGAUGGAACCGAGACAGCAACAAGGAAGCCGGUCUUUACUUCCCACCACUGGGUUUAGGUUUCGGUCAGUUCUGACGUCAUUGUCACAAGCUGCCCUGGUGGAAGGGUUCUGGACUGAUUCGUUCGUGCCCCUAGUGGGGCGUCUCGCACCGUCUCAUUCCUGACCAGACGGUCUCGUGUGACGUCACUGACCUCCGGAUGGGUUAGCGCUCGCUUGGACAGCCGUGGGAGCGUGGAGAUAACCCGUACAAACGCGGGGGACGCCGCACUACGCCGCCGUCCCCACUGCGGCAUGGUCUUCCACUAGCGUGCGUCCUGACGCCUCGGCGGAUCGUGUCGCUACACCGUUGCGGCGGGGUGCCCGCCCGUGCGGACCUGGACUGAGCCGGCUGCCGGAGCGAUGGCUCACCCCAACGCCGUGCGACGGCGCGCGACGCCAGCGUGCCGUCGCGCCGCGCCACUGUGGCGGUGUCCUGUGAUGGGCGGCGGUAGCGGCGCAGGUCCCGCGAAUUCCUCCCAAUGCAUUUCGCCGGCGGUUUGUCGCCGGUUGUUUUUCCGGCGAGCUGUCGCGGCUCCACGGAAUGUGUGCGCGGUGUGCGCCCCAGCAGCUGGGCGAAUGGCUUGUGCUGUUGCUGCCGUUUACGGGCGGGUAUUUAAUCGUCUCUGAAGCGUGCCAUAGCUUUAGGUCUCCGUGGAACAACGCUCACCGGAACUAACGUGUGGUGCGUGUCGAAACGGUGUCUGUAGUACGACGUGCCUGCAAGAUGUAUUAACAAAGACAAUGCUGUUCGCUGAGAUGCGAAGACUGCGA